AUGGAAUACAGAUACUGGAACCGGGAUGUCCCUGCCUGCAUGAACAUGAUCUGUAUUCUGCAAGCUCUGCGAGCCACUGGGAAUCGCCCUCCUGAACUCCAACCACCUCGCCAACUAAUCCAAAUGGUACAGAACAUCAAGACUGCUGUUAUGUGCUACGCUAGUUUAACGGCCAGUAUAGCUUCAGUAGAAGUUUGCAGUCUACUUAACAUCAUAUACGUGUAA